UAGUGGUCACUUCUCAUUGGUAAUGAUAAAGUGAUCUCCGGAUUGGGCAUCUCAUCCCCGGAUUGUCACAUCCUGGACAAUCCUGGGAUGCUGGUGCAAAAAUGUUUGUUUUUCGCCGGAAUUGUGGUCACUUCUCAUUGGUAAUGAUAAAGUGACCUCCGGACUAGGGAUUUCAUCCCAGAACUAUCAAGCCCUGGACAAUUAGGGAAUGCUGGUGCAAAAUUGUGGUUUUUUCGCCAGAGUAGUGGUCACUCCAACAUUACUAAUAGGAAGUGACCAUAAAUCCGUCGAAAAACCCACAAUUUUGCACCAGCAUCCCCUAAUUGUCCAGGACUUGAUAAUCCUGGGAUGAGAGCCUCAAUCUGGAGGUCACUCCAUCAUUACCAAUCACGAGUGACCACAAUUCCGUCGAAAAACCCAGAAUUUUGCACCAGCAUCCCAGGAAUGUCCAGGAUGUGACAAUCCUGGGAUGAGAUCCCCAAUCUGGAGGUCACUUUAUCAUUACAAAGGAGAAGUGACCAUAAUUCCGGCAAAAAACAAACAUUUUUGCACCAGCAUCCCAGGAUUGUCCAGGAUGUGUCAAUCCGGGGAUGAGAUCCCCAAUCCGGAGGUCACUCCACCAUUACAAAGGAGAAGUGACCACAAUUCCAGUGAAAAACAAAAAAAUUUGCACCAACAUCCCGUAUUUGUCCAAGAUUUGACAAUCCUGGUACAUCCCGGAGGUCACUCUAUCAUUAGCAAGAUGGAGUGAACACAAUUCCGGCAAAAACCCGUCAUUUUGCAUCUGCAUCCCAUAUUUGUACAAGAGUUUUCAUAUCUCCCAUACUGAAUUUACAUUGCCUUUACCUCAUUUAAAAACCAAUUUUUCAAAGGACCCCAAAACCGUCUUGGAAUUUCACAUAAAUCCAAGACAUUUUACGUUAUAAUAAGACCGUAAAUCUCUAUCGUAGAAUGCAGAAUCUUGGAAUAUUUUUAUCCAAGUCUCUUUUGACAAUUCAUUUUGUAAAUCUUUAUUUUGAUUUUGAUUCGUAUCUCAGAAUACUAAAAGUCUUGGAAGUUGUAUGAAGAAACAAGAUUUUUAGGUUAUGGUUCGACCGUAAAUCUCUAUCUUAGAAUACCAAAUCUUGAAAUAUUUUGAAUUUCCAAGAUUAUCCUGAAAAUUUCUUGGAAUUUUAAAGUAGAAUACCAAAUCUUGGUUUUUUUCUUUAUUUUGAUCUUUAUAUUUAUCUUAGAAUACCGCCAAUAAUUUGUUUGCUGGGUAAAGCUUAUCGUGAUUAUAGAAGCAGUAUGUCCUACAAAGUGAUGAAUUCUCUCAGAGUGGCUGAAAGAAUGUUCAAGAAGCUACAAAUUUUAGAGCUUCCACCUUCAAACAUGGACAUUGAUAUAGUUGAGCAGAAUGGAAUGCUUGAAUACGACGACAGCAAUUUAAUCCUCAAAAUGUUAGAUGACGACUGUCUCUUUCACAUUCUGUCCUACCUGAAUCUUCAGGAACUCAUAAGGGUUGAAGAAGUUUGCGAACGCUUUGAAGCAGUUGCACAACAAGUUUACAAAACUUACACCACAUUGGAUUUCUCUGAUCAUCUUCUUCGGAAUAAAUUUGCAAUGCAGAAACAAAUACCAAUUGCAGAAGCAACUGCAAUUGCAUCCAGAGUCGGUCCUAGUAUUCACACCCUAACAGCUAAGGCAUCCACAUUUAGGAUGAAUGACCAUCAGAUCCCCAACUUUGUGGGAAUGUACUUUAAAAAAAUUGCGGAAUGUUAAUUUUCAUUGGUUCAAAAUAAUGGAUGAUGAAUCACUUGCAAAAAUGGCAACAGCUUUCACCGGAGUGACUGUUGUGAAACUUGAUGGUUGCGAUGCAACUGAUAAAAUUCUACAGGGUCUCUUUAAGGUAGAUCAACUUGAGGUACUGGAAUUACCCAACAAUCCCGAGAUCAAUGGGACAUUCUUUGUAGAACUGAGAAAUAUAAGAGAUAUAAAUUUAGAAUGUUGCCAUAAUGUUAAUCCUCAACUCUUUAGACAAUUCUGCGAGGAACAUCCGAAUCUGAGGAGUAUAAAUGUACGAAAUUGCUCAUGGAUUGAUAGAAUUUGCCUCCAACACAUUGCAGCUUUGAGCAAUUUGGAAACUUUGGGAAUAUCUGCAAACUAUCGUAUUAUCUCAAUGAAUGAUUACCUCAUCUUGGCUGAUUUACCAAAAUUGAAACAUUUGCAAAUUGAUUGUGGAAAAAAAUCCGAAUGGAACAUGGAUGAGCUCCUUCUGAAGGUCUCCAUUCACAAUCAAUUGGAAUCUUUGGUACUUAUGGACAAAGAAAUCACUGCAGACACUGAAAAAUCACUCAGAUACUUAACAAAUAUCAAGGAAUUGGACUUAAGUUCAUCGUCCAAAUGCACAGAUAUAACACUAGAGAGCCUUUCGUGUGAGAAUACGCUGCAACGUCUUGAAAUCCAAUGGGCUCCCGUAACGCCAAAAGGACUUGAAAUGCUGAUUAAACGAUGUCCCCAUCUUAGAGUACUGAAUGUCGUGAAAUGCCCAAAUAUUAAUGGAGAUUUCGUUCCACAAAUUCUUGAACAUCUCAAAGGGAGACCACAUAUGCUGGAGAUGUUGGCCAAUGAUCAUCCACGGACAUUUCCUAGAAAGAAAUUUGAGAAGAUCUACACAGGAAGAAAUUCCUCAAAGUUGAAAGUGAAAUUUCAAUCAUACAUUAAAUUUUUGAAUUUGAAUUGAAAUGUUUUUGAUUUUGAGGGAAAAAGUAUUAAAAAAGAAUUAUGAAAGAUUUUUUGUGAGCUUCGUGAUACUAACUUAAAAAGUCUUGUUAAUGUUAUUGAAUGAAUAAUAAAUUAAUAAAAAAAUCUUUUGUUUUUUAACUUA